ACAGCGCAGCUGGCCCCGCCCUCGGGGGGCGCCCAGGCGUCCGUCAUCUCCAGCGUCGUGCUGAUGAAGGGCCAGGCCAAGGGCCUGGGCUUCAGCAUCGUGGGGGGCAAAGACAGCAUUUACGGUCCCAUCGGCAUCUACGUCAAAACCAUCUUCGAGGGGGGAGCGGCGGCGGCCGACGGCCGGCUACAGGAAGGCGACGAGAUUCUGGAGCUCAACGGUGAGUCCAUGGCCGGGCUGACUCACCAGGACGCUUUGCAGAAGUUCAAGCUCGCCAAGAAGGGGCUGCUCAGUCCCCCUCACUCGGGGCUGGAGCGGAAGGGGUCCCUCGGGCUGGCGGGAGGGCUUGCAGGCAGGUGUGGCGAUGAGAUCGUGGAGAUCAACGAGGCCCCCGUGACCUGCAUGACGCUCAACGACGUGUACGCGGUCCUGAGCCACUGCGAGCCCGGGCCCGUCCCCAUCCUUGUCAGCCGACACCCGGACCCGCAGGUCUCGGAGCAGCAGCUCAAAGCCGCUGUGGCCCAGGCUGCCGAGGGCCUCCGGUUCGGCAAGGAGCGGCCCCAGUGGAGCCUGGAAGGGCACUCCCGGCAGAGGCGCCCUGUGGCCUCCCGUGUAGCCACGAAGCGCGUGGAGAAGCCAUCGCUGGCCCCGUUCCUGCCGCUAGAAAACCACGUGGCCCAGGUUUCCCACGGAACACGGCGGGGCUACGUCCUCUAA